AUGAGCCAGAUGUCCAUGGCCACAGGCAAUGCUGGUGAGCAGAAGCGCUCGUCCAUUCUGCAAAAGCUGCAGGAGAUGCAUGUGGCAUCUACUGAUGCAGAGAUGCUCACAGAAUAUAUCCUUGUUCUUAUUGCUUCCAGAAAAUCAUCGCAAGAGAUGACUGCAGAGCUAGCGGUAUUUUUGGAGGGCGGGAACAGCGCUGCAGAAAAGCUGGUUUCGUGGCUAACACCGGCUGGGCAGUCUAUGGACAUGGAGCAGGGAAUCUCAGAUGGUGCGAUUCAGAGCCGAGUAGAGGGCACUUCCAAUAAGCAGCCAGGGGAAUUUUCUCAAAAGGAUCACUCAAACUAUCACCAUCGCGAACGAAAUCGCAGUGAUCGUAGGGAAGGCUCUCGCGAAAAGGCAUAUCGUCGCAGAGAAUCGCCUCCGGAGCGAUACAGAGGCAGAUGGGAUGGUCCAACAGAAAGACUUCGUUCCCGGUCCAAAAAUGUCUCGUUCACUGUUUCUUUGGAUAACGGCCCCUCUUCAUCCUCCUCCGCCCCUUAUCGUCGUUCUUCACAUGCAAGACAACGCAGCCGAUCUAUUGAUCGGCACGAAGAUACACGGCGAAUUCGACGAGACCAGUCCCUGCCGAAAUCGAAAAAGUUUUCCGUCAUCUCCGAUGAAACCGCCGAAGCCGACAGUUGUUCUGCGACUCUUUUCAAGAAAUCGAUUCCUUGUCUCUAUUAUCCAAAGUGCAACCUUGGGGACGCGUGCCCCUAUUCCCAUGAUGACUCCCUCGCCAAAAAAAGAGAGGACGGCACAUCUGCCGAUCCAUCUGUUCAAAUAAAGUCCGCAAUGCCAUGCAGAUUUGAUCAUCUUUGCAAGAACGUCGCCUGUCCAUAUGUGCAUUCAUCGCCGGCGGCGCUGAGUGUUUCCACGCGAGGCCAAUCUGGAGCAUCUACAGAAAUCUGCCGGUACUAUCCGUGGUGUGGCCGCGGCGACGCCUGUGCAUAUGCCCACCCAGCUAUUCCGACAAUACCUACGCCACAUCAUCCCUUGACCCCUCAAAACAGACCCGCCGUGCCCUGUAGGUAUGGUCCUAUUUGUGCCCGAGUUGAUUGCAUUUUUCUGCACCCCACUUCGGAUGCCCCGUCAACACCGUGCCGCUUUGGAUCUGUUUGUGCUCGGCCCUUUUGCAUGCAACGACACGAUGAUGCAAUGCCCCCCUCUUCGGCUCCCCUGAUUUCAAUGGAUACCAUUGAUAAGAAGCAGGCACCGUCUGGAGAGAGAUUUUCUUCUGCCAGCCAAGUAACAAUGACAUCGCCUCCGGGCUCGCCAUUUCUCUUGGCCCUCUCAGAUGGCGGUGAAUUAUGA